GUGUCGUUCACUUGCUUUGGGUUUGGUUUUUUUUCUUUCCAUUUACGUUUUUCGGUAAAAAUGGCGAAUCGCGGUGGUUCUGCCAGAAGAAUUCCAGAAAAUGAAGCAGCGAUUACUUAUGUGCAAUGUGAUGGUUUGGCUGUGAUGAAAAUUGUGAAACAUUGCCAUGAAGAGUCAUGUAGCAACAUGGAGGUAGCUCAAGGUGCCCUCUUGGGAUUGGUAGUUGAAAACAGGCUAGAGAUAACCAACUGCUUCCCAUUUCCAAAGCACGAUGACACUAUGGAUGAAGAAGAGUAUCAAUUAGACAUGAUGCGAAGACUGCGCAGAGUCAAUGUUGAUCAUUUCCAUGUAGGAUGGUAUCAGAGUGCUGAUGUUGGCAAUUUUUUGAGUCAAUCUCUUCUUGAGUCACAAUACCACUAUCAGACCUCCAUUGAAGAAAGUGUUGUUGUAAUUUAUGACACAAAGAAGUCUGCAAGAGGAUUCCUUACUCUUAAAGCCUAUCGGUUAACUCCUCAGGCUAUUGCAAUGUAUAAAGAAGGAGAUUAUACUCCAGAGGCGCUUCGAAAUCUCAAGAUUGGCUACGAGAGCCUGUUCAUUGAGGUGCCAAUUGUGAUUCGAAACUCUCCACUCACCAACAUUAUGAUGUCUGAACUUCAAGAAAUGAUUCCAGAGGAACAGGGUUCCAAAUUUUUGGACCUUGGUACGGCAUCGGUACUUGAAGGCCAACUCAGGAGCCUAAUGGAGCGAGUUGAUGACCUCAACCAAGAAGCCAUCAAGUUUAACAGAUACCAACAGUUAGUUGUCCGUCAACAGCAAGACAAGCAUCGGUGGUUAGUGAAGAGGGCUCAAGAAAACGCAGCCAGGGCCGUUAAAGACGAGCCUCCACUACCCGAAGAAGAUGUGAACAAGCUAUUCAAGCCCUUACCGGUUCCACCAAGGCUGAACCCCAUGAUCCUCGCUGGACAGAUCAACACUUACAGCCAGCACAUCAGUCAGUUUUGUUCGCAGAGUCUCGCGAAGCUGUAUUUGACGCAAGCUUUGCAGAACGCAAAAGACGCGAAACAGACCAAUUAAGAAUUUGUACUAAACCUGUGGUGGUAUUAAAUUGUGUAAC